AUGCCCUUUGACGAUUCCAACGCAUCUGCCAUCAUCCUCAUCCUCCUGAUCGACGGGGGAUACCUUGGUAUCCGCGACUUUGUGGUCCUCUCGCGUGUCAACCAAGCAACCCACCACUACUUGAACCCGUCCAACCAGGUAUGGUGGCCCGAGGUCUACCGCAGCGUCGUCAAGCUCCCCAAGUACACCAUCGCAGACGGGGAUCACUACUCUGUCCUGCGUGCGAUCGGAUCGUUCAUCCACCGUCGCAGCGACAUUCCUGCUCCAUUCGAGGCCCGCCUGUGGGAGUACGCCUUGUACCCGAUGUCGCCGCUCCUCGAUGCCGUUCGAGCCAUGGUCGAUCGCCCCACUCUGAAGGCAAUGAUGGAGCGCACCCAUCGUCUGCUGGUCAUCAACCGAAUCGUCAGCAGAGCGGCUCCAGAGGAUCAAGACAUCGAUAUCAGUGCCCGCAAUACCAGUGCUGGCAGCGCAUGCCUUCACUUCUUCAACCGCGGCGUAUACAAAAUCAACAUGCUCGAGUUCACCCCUGAAUCGAUCGAUGUCGCUUUCUUCAUAUCGAAGGAGCUGAUCUGGACCGAGUUCUUGGUGUACCAUCAGCGCGACACCACCGAAUUCGCCGCAUCCCCGGUCUACCUCGCGAUGGUCGUUUCCAUGGUGAAGAGCCUCGCACCGCGUGCCCACAUCAGACUCCCUGCAGAUAUUGCGACUAGAAUCCCAGGCGCAGUUUGCUUUGAAGGCGCCAGUCAAAUCGAGUACUAUGGCUCCAUGAGUCGCUUCGAGCCCACCAAGCUCCCCACGACACCCAAUGUCGAGGUGCUCACUCUGAGCAACUUUGUGUUCAUGAUGAGCACACAGUAUGCUUUCGUUGGUACCUCCCUUCGACACAUCUCGAUUGGCCAGUCCUCGACCAUCUUAACCUUCGGUGUGUUUCAAACAGUCGCCGCGACGCUGGAUUCGCUUUCAUUCAGCGACUGCAACAUCCCCUAUGGGUUUCACGACUUUCCCAUUCACUGGCCGGCGCUGACAUCCCUCACCAUCAAUUGGUGCGAUGUUCCUGACCUACAGGGUCUGCCAAAGUCACUCCCUGCCAUUCAGUGCUUCAUGUUCACGAGUGUACGUGAGAUCAAGUCAUUCCGCGGAAUGCCCCAGGAGAUGCCUCGCUUGGAAACGCUUGUCGUAUCCCCACGUUGUGCCAAUUCACCAGCGUCUCUCAGGCACUUCCCCCCUCGCCUCCCCAUGCUCCGGGAACUCAAACUCGACGGCUUCAACAACUUGAUCAGUCUGCGUGGCUUCCCCCAUGCCCACCAACUAGAGUUUCUCUCGAUGUCUGGCACGAGCAUCGUAUCCUUUGAUGGGCUCAGCAUGGUGUAA